AUGCCGGGCCCGUCGCCCGGCGGCUCCCCGGAGAGGGAAGCAGGGGCCGGCGGGCGGCCGCGGGGGCCUGGCCAGGACCGGCGGGUGCGGUUCCGGCUGCCUCACACCGCCAUCGCGGUGCCGUCGGUGCGCGAGGAGGAGCAGCUCUUCUACCGGCGGCUGGAGGCUCUGGCAGUGCCGGGGCCCGGCGGCUUCGGGCCCCUCUUCGCUUCCGACGGUUGGAGCGACUUGACGGAGGACCGGCUGCUGCGGAAGCGCGUGGUGCGGGCCGGACCGGGCGGGCCGCGGCCGUUGCCGGGCCAGGAGGUGUCGGUGAAGGUGCUGGGCGCCCUGGAGGACGGCGGGCUGGUGGAGAGGGACCCGCGGCUCAUCUUCGUGCCGGGUCACGGGGACGUCGUGCAGGCUCUGGAGCUGGGCGUCCCCACCAUGCAGCCCGGGGAGGUUUCCUUCUUCCUCGCCGCUUUCCCCUACGCCUACGGCCGCCCGGGCAGGGAGCCCGACGUGCCGCCCGAGGCGCCGCUGCUGUUCGAGGUGACGCUCCUGGAGGUGCGGGACGGCCCCGACCCGCAGCCGCUGCCGCCCGCCGUCCGCCUGCGCCUGGGCUCGCAGCGCCGGGAGCGGGGCAACUUCCACUUCGCGCGGGGUGACUUCGCCGCGGCGCUGCGGUCGUACCGGCUGUCCCUGCGCGCCCUGGACGGCCCCACCGCCGCUCCGCCCGGACCCGAGGAGGAAGAGGAGCUGCGGGAGCAGCGCGUGAAGUGCCUCAACAACUGUGCGGCUGCCGAGCUGAAGCUGGGGCGGGCGGAGGAGGCGCUGGCUGCCUGCGAGGCGGCCCUGCGGAUCUGCCCCGACAACGGUCGGGCGUUGCUACGGCGCGGGCAGCUGCUGGCAGAGCAGGGCCGGGACGCAGAGGCGGCGCUCGUCCUGAAGAGAGCCCUGGAGCUGGACCCGGCCAGCAAGGUGAUCCACACCGAGCUCUCACGGCUGGCGAAGCGCCAGAGCCCUCCAUCCAGCACCGGCCCGCAGAAUUCCCGCCACGACCCGAUGCCGCCGCCGAGCCCCGCAGCCCCCGCACCGCCCUCGGCGGAAGGAGCGAUCUGAGCGGCCCCGCAGCGCCCCAGAGUCUGACCGAGGACAUAGAGGAGCUCUCGUACCAUCCUCCCCCAAUCGCCCCACACGCCCUGGGGCGGGGAGGGCUGCGGGAGGGGCGGGACGGCGCCCGCCCCCCGUUCCACACUGCCCGUUCCG